AUGCGCAUACGCCGAAACUCACCUAAAACGCAUAUUCUGUUCUCUGCCAAUUCCCUCUUCGACGACAGCUCCCCCUACGCCCAGACUCAGCACGCAAAAGAGAUGGGGUCCUCGCGCGGCACCUCCUCGGGGGGCGGCUUCAAAGUCGGCAACAAGAUCCAGCGGCAGAACCUGUUCGUCAAGCAGAAGAAGCACGCCGACAAGACCCGCCGCGAGGAGCGCUACCGGAGGAAGAAGGAAGAGGACCAGGACCCGGAGCUCCGCGCGGAGCGGCUGGCGCGGAACCAGCCCGCGAGCAUCGACAAGAAGAGGAUAUGGGACGACGUCGACGACGACAGCCUGGGCACGGUGGUGGACGUCGCGCAGCUGAAGCGGCGGCGCCUGGAGGAGGAGGAGGCCAAGGCCCUGGCCGAGGCGGAGAAGGACGGCGAGGGUGACCAGGACGACGAGGAAGACGACGACGAGGUAGACAGCAUGCUCGGCUCCGACGACGAGGAGGACGAGGAGGCACAGCAGGAGCGCCUGGAGCGGAUCAGGGCCAAGCGCGCCCAGCGCAAGCCCAGCCUCGCGCCCUCGACGACCAGCACCAACCUCGACCUGACCCCGUCCUCGCUCGCCCUCAAGUUCCCCAUGCUCUUCUCCGACGAGCCGCCGCGCAUGCCCAAGGUCCUCGUCACCACCUCGCUCAACUCGACCCUCCACCGCGAGGCGCACCUCUUCUGCACCCUCUUCCCCAACAGCCACUACGUGCCGCGCUCCGCCCACCGCUACGGCCACAAGUACUCGCUGCGCGAGAUCGCCAGGUUCGCCGCCAACCGCGACUACACGGCCCUGCUCGUCCUCAAGGAGGACCAGAAGCGGCCCACGGGCCUGACCCUCGUCCACCUGCCCGAGGGGCCCUCGUUCCACUUCAGCAUCUCCAACUGGCUCGAGGGCAAGAAGCUGCCCGGCCACGGCAACCCGACCAACCACUACCCGGAGCUGCUGCUCAACAACUUCCGCACGCCGCUCGGCCUGCUGACGGCCAAGCUGUUCCAGACCCUCUUCCCGCCGCAGCCCGAGGUGCAGGGCCGCCAGGUCGUCACCAUCCACAACCAGCGCGACUACCUGUUCGUCAGGAGGCACCGGUACGUCUUCCGCGAGAAGCGCACGACCGAGAAGAGCGCGACCAACGCAGAGGGCAAGGAGAUCAAGGGUCUCGAGGACGUCCGGGCGGGUCUGCAGGAGCUCGGGCCGAGGAUGACGCUCAAGUUGAGGCGAGUAGACAAGGGCAUUGGUAGGGCGGGCAGCGAAGGGGAGGAUAAGCUGCCUUGGGAGUGGAAGGCCAAGAUGGAGAAGAAGAGGACCAGGUUCAAUCUUUAG